AUGGCAAGCGGCGAGCCCACAAGUGUGCCGCAGCAGUCAGCGCCACCUAUAUCGCCUCCGCCUUCUACGCCGGCGAAUCCCGACGAGGUCGCGUCGGUCGAGUCGGGAAUAAGCCCUCCCCCGAAAAAGAAACUGAAGCGUAAUAGGAUCACGUUGUUAAUUAAUUGGAAUGGAUGGAUAGGAGUUGUACAGAAUGCCAUCGCCGAAAACAACAGUGCGAUCGAGGAAACCCAUGUUCAAGAUGGCAAGUUCCGUAUGAGACAGCAUGGCGUGUUAUAUGGAAACCCCGCCCGUUCCAUCUCGCAAAGCAUCGGUCAUCGACACUUCCGAAUCCGAACGCCUUUCGCACGGGUCGAACAACUUGAAGCGCUUGUUCGUGCUUCAUAUGGCCAUGCUGGAGACCCAGCUACUAUGUCGGUUGCAGAUAUGGCUGCCCUCCUCUCCAACUCUUCUCAACCUCGAAUUCAAGCCCCAGCGGCUCUCUCUUCAUCGCAGGAACAAAACCCGAGAGAGCUGUACAGGACGCCGCGGCUUGUUCGUGCUUCAUAUGGCCAUGCUGGAGACCCAGCUACUAUGUCGGUUGCAGAUAUGGCUGCCCUCCUCUCCAACUCUUCUCAACCUCGAAUUCAAGCCCCAGCGGCUCUCUCUUCAUCGCAGGAACAACAACCCGAGAGAGCUGUACAGGACGCCGCGGCAGCACUUGGCCAGCUUUCCCAAACCAAUGGAGAGCAUCCUCUUGCGGCUUUCUUAUCACAGGUAGCUCGGCGGCCAAGGCUGUGGAUGAUCCAACCCCCAGACCCCGUCGCAAGCUUCCCGGCGUCCCCACACGUUACCGGACAACUGGCCAGAUACUUUUUUGAGGCAUCAUCCAUCCACUGGUACUGCGUGGCAGUCCAUAAACCUGUCUUUUACGAUGCCUACCUCGAAUUUUUCUCCGGGAGACAACAGAACGCGCCAGACCUCGAUUUCUGCGUCUUGUUAGCAGCUAUGUGCGCCCUUACGCUACAGUUUUGUGGCGAUGCAGACGCGCAGGCUAUCCUAGUUGAGGGUGCCAUGGAUAAAGACAAUCUCCGGCGCAAGAUGUUUGACUUUGCACGAACGAUGUUGGCCCACAGCGAGCGUAUUCAAGGACCCACUUUGGAGCGUAUCACAGCCAUGAUUCUCAUUGCUAUCUACCUUGAGAACGAGGGCAUCGUCAAUGAGUACUAUGGGACAAUCGGCUCUGCAAUUCGAACUGCUCAAUCCAGUAGUGGGGAUGCAUCGCGAUGGCGAGAAAAAUGGUGCAUGAAUCCCGUCGAGGCGGAGCAAGACGUAGAUUGUGGUGGAUCUUGUAUACUCAUGACCGACCAGGCCGAACUUAUCGAGGAACGUGAACUUGUUUCUCAUCCAAUUAAUCAACCUACCGAACAUACAUUCCAGCUGUUGGAGAUAUCUUGGUCUCAACUUCUUGGGCAAAUGUCUGAUAGCUGCUUUAACAUCAUAACGCCUUCUUAUGGGGCCGUGAUACACAUGGAGAAUCAGAUUCGUUUUGCCUUACAUGUUCCAGACCCAGCUCCUGAAUCUUCAGAUCUAUCAUGCCAGGGUGUUGCUACUGAGCCCUCAGAGAAACUUUUGACCAACAUGCUUGUGACGUUUGCAUUCAAGUUUGUAAAGGCUUUUGGCGUUCCAACAGUCAUGCACUCGCAAAUACCGAGACAUCAGUUACGGUGGUUCCUGUGUAUUAUUUCUAUAUUCGAUGCAGCUCUGACUCUUGCCUCGGUUCUCGUUCUACAACCACACCACCCGCUCGCAGACGACAUCGAUUAUUGGAUUCGUGCCGGUCAAAAUCUUUUGCGAUCGGUGGCCUCUUUCCAUCAUGUAGCUUCCGAGAGCGUCAAGGCUCUGCACACGGUCCGUAACCGUGCUCUUGCCGCACGUGGGCUCCCGGUAGUCGAGGGAGAUGGUCAUAACCUUACUCCAAUUUCUGUCAACGUCCCCGCACAGCAUUACACACAUUCGCAAACCCACAACUUGUUCGAUCCUCUAUUAACUGCCGAGCUUGAUCGAGCACAUAGGACUCUUGGGCAGAGUCAGAUUCUUUUGGCCGAUUCGCUUGGGUCAGCAGAGGCAAACAAUCCAGUUUGGGAGCAUAUCUCUGCGACUAUGUUUGAGACUGGAGUGUUACCAUCAAGCGUAGAGAUGCUAAGUGGAGAUUUCGAUGCCGAAGAAUUGUUCGAGAGAUUUUUAUGA